AUGACCACCCUGCAAUAUAGCGAUGAGUCGCCUCAUAAAAUCAACAUCAUCAGUUUCAACUGCUGGGGCCUAAAGUACAUCUCCCAGUUCCGCCGCGAGAGGCUGCUGGAGAUCGGCAAGCGCCUCGCCAACGCCGAUUUCCCCCCUGAAAUAGUUGGACUACAGGAAUGCUGGACGCAGGAAGACUAUAAUGCGAUCCGCAACGAGACGAGACAUAUCCUGCCCUAUGGCAAGUUCUACCACAGCGGAAUAUUUGGUGGAGGGCUGGCGAUUCUGUCGAAAUGGCCAAUUGAGGAGAGCAGUAUGUUCCAGUACCCCCUGAACGGACGACCCACGGCCUUCUUUCGAGGGGACUGGUUUGUGGGCAAGGGAGUGGCAUACGCGAGGAUAAGGAUCGGGCCAGGCUCAAAGGAUGUUGCCGCAGUGUUUUGCACACAUCUACACGCCCCAUACGAGCGGGAGCCGCACGAUUCGUACAUCUGCCACCGCACAGCUCAGGCGUGGGAAAUAGCCAAGCUGAUGCGGGGCGCUGCGGAGAGAGGGCAUCUGGUCAUCGGUCUUGGAGACUUCAACAUGCUUCCUCUGUCCUUUGCACAUCGUCUAAUUACUGCUCACGCCCCUGUGACAGAUGUAUGGCGCUAUCUACGGCCAGAGUCGUCUAUCGGUGCAGCAAUAGAUGAUGUCGAGAUUGCGCGGAACAAGCCAAUUCCGAGUGCGGAUUUCAAUAUUCUUGAAAACGGAGCGACGUGUGAUGGAGCAUUUAAUACCUGGCGGUGGUCCAAGACGGACCAGAAACGGUUGGCUCGAGAGGGCCAUAUUAGUGUUGACGGGAGUCUACCAGACCCGUAUGCAAAGAGGCUGGAUUAUAUCUUUGUAGGUAACGGUUCUUACCUCAACCACACUGAUAACGCCGUUCCAUCUUCCUCGUCGUGGAAAUGGAAUAUUCAUUCAGCUCGCGUGGGCAUGAUGGAGCGUCAUCCAACGCUUCAUUGUUCUCUAAGUGACCAUUUCUCCGUCGAAGCCACUGUUGUCAGGGCCCAUCCGCCCGUGUAUCGGACUGAACGGAAACCCUCCAGCGAUGUAGACGACGACGACAAUGCACCUUCUCUCUUCUUGCCGAUACAGAGUCACACCGGCCCCAACACAGCAAUCAAUGAUUAUGCUAUAUUACGACAAACCUCUAAUCUACCCCCGGAAGCUACCAAGCAACCCGUCCCUGCCUUAUCGGCCGAUGUGUAUGAUGAUAUCUUGGAUAUGAUAUCUGUCUACAUGGUGCGAGAGCGGUUCCAGCGACGAGCAAGACUAGGCCACUUCCUCAUCUCAAUAGCAGUAUCCAUUGGGUGUUUUGUUGGAACAUGGUGGGCACCUUACCCAUACGUUUCAUUCAUCCUCUGUCUUGUCAGCACGCUUAGCUUAUCUGCCGGCAUUAUCGAUGGGCUUAUCGGUGGACUGUUCAUGAGUAGCGAGAUACGAGCGCUCAAGGAGUUCCAGUGGGAGAUCAAGAAUACCAGACGGACAGUGUUGGGUCUUGGACUGGAUAUAGAGGAAGAUCUCAGGUCACCCACAAAGAAUGCCCACUAG